GCCAAGGGCGAGGGCGAGGGCAGCCUCGCCGACAUGAUCGACCGCGCGCUCGAGAAGGAGUUCCCCGACUCCGAGGGCGACCAGGGCGGCGGAGAGACGGACCCCGGCAGCUUCAACAACACGGUCGCCGAGAAGCAGGGUGUCCUGGAAACUGUGGCCAGAAGAGUAACGAAGAAGAAUGAGACCAAAGACAAUAAGUCGUUUCCAUUUAAAGAAGUUUUCUUGGACCGGUCAGAGCAAGAGGAUGUUCCCACAUUGAUUGAUCGGAAGGAUAAUGUAUUUAUUAUAUCAAAUCGGAAGUCAAAGUACCCUGUACUGCAGCUGGACCUUACGUUGAUAUCAGAUCUUGUUGUUGUUAUUGUAUCUGCUACAUGUGGCGGGAUCGCCUUUGCUUGCCUUGGGCAACCAGUGAUUACAGGUUAUUUACUUGCAGGAUCCAUAAUUGGCCCUGGUGGUUUUAGCUUUGUCAGUGAAAUGGUCCAAGUUGAGACAGUAGCCCAAUUUGGUGUUAUAUUUCUCCUGUUUGCUCUGGGACUUGAGUUUUCUACAGCAAAAGUAUGUAUCUUUGAUAGUUUGAUUUUUAUAUACAAUUGCUCAUUUGCUAGGUAUUGGGAUCCAGGUCAAUAUGCACCUAAUAUAAUAAUAAGUGAUGUUUCAACUUUGUCUCAGCUCCGAGCCGUACGUGCGGUUGCUGUUCUUGGAGGAUUGCUCCAAAUUAUACUAUUUAUGUUCCUUUGCGGCAUUUCGGCGACGCUAUGUGGAGGCAAAACUAAGGAAGGUGUUUUCGUUGGUGUUCUUCUUUCUAUGUCUUCGACAGCAGUGGUUUUAAAAUUUCUGAUGGAAAAGAACAGUAUUAAUGCCCUUCAUGGUCAAGUGACGGUAGGCACACUCGUACUGCAGGAUUGUGCUGUUGGUCUUCUUUUUGCACUUCUUCCAAUUUUGAGUGGCACAUCUGGUCUUCUUCAUGGUGUCGCAUCAAUGGCAAAGUCGCUUGUCAUGUUGAUAUCAUUCCUUGCAAUUCUCUCUAUCCUCUCCCGGACUUGUGUGCCUUGGUUUCUUAAGCUGAUGAUAAGUCUUUCGUCUCAGACAAAUGAACUUUAUCAGUUGGCAGCGGUUGCAUUCUGCUUGUUAUUUGCUUGGUGCAGUGAUAAGUUGGGCUUGAGUCUAGAGUUAGGAUCAUUUGCAGCUGGAGUGAUGAUAUCAACAACUGACCUUGCACAACACACUCUUGAACAAAUCGAACCUAUUCGAAACCUCUUUGCUGCUCUUUUCCUUGCCAGCAUUGGGAUGCUAAUUAAUGUCCAUUUCCUGUGGAACCAUGUGGAUAUACUUCUUGCAGCUGUUAUUUUGGUGAUAACUAUAAAGACAUUUAUUGUAUCUAUUGUUGUAAAAGGGUUCGGCUAUAGCAACAAAACAUCUCUUCUUGUUGGCAUGUCUCUUGCACAAAUUGGGGAGUUUGCUUUUGUUCUUCUUAGCCGUGCUUCAAGCAUCCAUCUGAUUGAGGGCAAGCUAUAUCUACUUCUUCUUGGAACCACUGCACUUAGCUUGGUAACAACACCCCUGCUAUUCAAAAUGAUCCCAGCAGUUGUCCACCUUGGUGUUCUUUUGAGAUGGUUUUCUGUUGAUAGCAAUCAGGUGGAGUUGGGCUUAAAAGGUGACGUCAUCCGCAUUGAUAGCGGCAAGCGCAUAAAUGUGAUAGUCCAAGGCCCGCAUGACUCAUGACAUACUUGGCACACUGCAAACUACGUUUAGUAUGGCGUAAUUUAACAAGCUCUGUAAAGUGUAUUCACAGCAUGUACCUAAGAGUUUAUAGCACAUAUGCGUGGCCAGGAGGGAGUGGAGGCAAAAGAAAUCAGAUCACGUUCAAGGUGUGCGGGAUCGAUCCUUAAUCCACAUAGUUCUGCGGGCUUUGGAAGAGUGGUCUCCUGGAUGAUUGGCACACUGUUGCUAGCAGCUGAAGUGUGAUCCCUCUAAUGAGGGUUUUCUGUAGUAUAAGAAUGUAUGCUGAUCAAUUGAUCAGAUUAGUGUGAUAGGAUUUAGGUUUGACCCUUACACCAUUGUAUUCAUUCCACAAAUUGUACGUAGAAAACAACCUGAUCAUGAAUCUUGCUGUAGUGAGUUUGACAGUAUGAUUUCCCCAUGUAUGUCCCACAUCUGCAGCUCAAGGGGAGGGUUUGAACAGAAAUCAUUUUGUAUGUGUUUUUACUCUUCGCAAGAAAUCUGAUUAGGACUACUUUGAUUAAAAAGAUUUUGUAGGACAUGAAUCCUAAGAAUCUUUUUCUAUGAAUGUCAUUUGAUUC